UUCGAAUACCAGGGCAGGUUCAGCCCGCCCUGCGCCGCUCUCCCGGCCCAGGGCGCCGCUCACGCUCCCACCCCGCCACCCACCCACGCGGCCGCCAUGGGCAAGGACAAGCAGCCCCGCGGCCAGCAGAGGCAGGGGGGGCCGCCGGCCGCGGACACCGCCAGGCCCGACGACAUGGGGCCGAAGAAGGGCAAAGGGGCCCCCAAGGAGUGCGGGGAGGAGGAGGCCCGGACGUGCUGCGGCUGCCGGUUCCCACUGCUGCUAGCCCUGCUGCAGCUGGCCCUGGGCAUCGCCGUGACCGUGGUGGGCUUCCUCAUGGCGAGCAUCAGCUCCUCCCUGCUAGUCAGAGACACUCCAUUUUGGGCUGGGAUCAUUGUCUGCUUAGUGGCCUAUCUGGGCUUGUUUAUGCUUUGUGUCUCAUAUCAAGUUGACGAACGGACAUGUAUCCAGUUUUUUAUGAAACUGUUGUACUUUGUGCUGAGCGCCCUGGGCCUGACCGUCUGUGUGCUGGCCGUGGCAUUUGCUGCCCACCACUAUUCGCUGCUCAAACGGUUUACCUGUGAGACUGCACUUGACUCCUGCCAGUGCAAACUGCCCUCCUCAGAGCCGCUCAGCAGGACCUUUGUUUACAGGGAUGUGACUGACUGUACCAGCGUCACUGACACUUUCAAACUGUUCUUACUCGUCCAGAUGGUGCUGAACUUGGUCUGCGGCCUUGUGUGCUUGUUGGCCUGCUUUGUGAUGUGGAAACAUAGGUACCAGGUCUUUUAUGUGGGUGUCAGAAUGUGCUCUCUGACAACUUCAGAAGGCCAACAGCAAAAGGUCUAAUAGUCUUGCUCAGAGGUGGAAAGAAAACAGCACAUGGAGUAGCUGAGGUGGAAACAAAAUGUUUUUUUAGAAAGAAAAGUUUGACGAUAAAUACUAUUCGCCAUUGUAAAUGAAUAUUUUUAUAUUUUUCAGGAAAACAAAAGAGCAUUUCUUCAGGUUUCUAUUGCAUUUUUAAAAUUCAUUUGCGAAAAAACAAAUCCAGAUUGAGUUUUGGGAAUAUUAGAAUUUAAAAGAACAUUGAACCGGGAAAGAAGGGCACAGAUCUUUUUUUGCAGUCUGGCGUUUAUUCCUGACACUCAUUUUAUCCCUGACUUACAAUACAACCUUCUUUCCUGUUAGUCCAGUUUGGGUGGUAUGAACUGGCACUUUGGGGCCACUUGCUAGAUUGGGUAGUAUCUUCUGGUCCUUGCCACCUUGAACCACAGUUCUCAUGGCGUCUUGGAGAAAGGCAGGGUAGAGGAAGAGCCAAAUGUCCAGGCUAAAUCUUUUUGUUUUCCCUGGUAGAGAUGUCUUCAAGGCAUGAAAUAGCUUUACAAAAUCAGAGUAGAAAAGGAGGAGACUUUGCAAAAGGCUAAAUAAUUAUAACCACCUGGGCUGGGGCGGCGGCCUUUUUAGCUCCCUGGGUUUGGCUGUGUGAGUAGAUCACUCUCCGAAUGCUUUGGAUGAUCAUCUGUUUCUCAAUAAUUGAAAGGUGGUGGUAGUUGUAUUCUUAAUGAUGUAGAAGUUUUAAAAAUAAUUACAUUAUGCUUCUAUUCUAUCAUCUAAAACAAAUCAUUAAAACUAAUUUCUUGCUAAUUGUUAAUUAUAAUUAUGCUCAGAAGUCUAUUUAAUGAGCUCUGGCUGUACUUAGGCAGCACUGUCAGUGUUAAGAAAAAUUACUCUCACAAGAGAAGAUGCCUAAAGAUCUUCUUUUUUUUUUUUUUUUUUGAAAGCCAAGCAUUAUAAGAAAAGAAAAAAUUAUUAAUAGAUUAAAAGCACUCACGUAAACAAAAACAAGAGCAUUUGUCAUAGAAAAUGUUCUACAAAUGGCACAUUUGUGAUAUGUUGAAAAGUAUCUCUCUUGGCAACUGAGUACCUUUGAGGAAGAUUGGGUACUGCAGAUGAGUUCUAUUCAUAAAACUAUAGUUGAUACAUAAUCCUAUUAUUGAUUUAUAUGCAUAGUGAACUUCAAGACUCAAUGUUUUGAAGUGCUUAUUUUAGAAAUAUGUCCAAUGAUUUUUUUGUUUUGUUUUUGAGGCAAGGUCUCACUAUUUUGCCCAGGCAGGACUUGAACUCCUGUGCUCAAAUAAAAGCCCAUUUCCACCUCCAGAGUAGUGGAUGUUAUAGGCAUUUUCCACUGUAACCAGCUGUGUUUUGCUUUGUUUUUGACUCACAAUGAUUAAAAACAAGUAGCCUGUGA